AUGGAUCGGCCCAGUGGACCCGGUUUUUCUUUCUCCUUUACCACCUUUUUACACUGUAAUGACCAGCCACCAUCACCAUCAUCAUUACCAUCGCCCUCACUCCCAUCGCCAAUACCACUUCACCUCAUCAACAGUAUCACCAUCAUCACCAUUACUUUUCGUCUUCAGUCAAAAAUGACGCAAACGAAUUUUGCUCAAUACCUUAUUAAAGUGAUUCAGGCCGAUCAGCCUAUUUUGUGUCAUUCACUCGUACUAACAGGCAGGCACUCAAGCCAACCAGAUUAA